CACUCAUUGUGUGAAACUGGGCUAAUAACAUUAUUGCUUUCUUUCUUUGCUUUAUGGUGCCCCCAUACACUGCUGCUGGGAGGGAAUGGACAGGCAUAUUGUAGUAGUGAUUGUGUGGUGAUGGUGGCACCUCUGUGUGAUUUGGCCUCAUCUUGGGGCAGUUUCUUUUUUUACCUCGAGACUCAAAUCUCGGGUGAAAUCUCUUUUAAACAUGAACGUCAAGAUCCUUUUUUUGUUUUGCUUAAUAAUAGUUUGGGAAUAAUGACGGCAGUAUUCAUUGUUUUUUUAUUUGUGUUUUUCAGCUGUUAG